AUGGAUCUGGUCCCGCCCGUCUCCGACUACCCCAGUCCCACCGCCGCCCGCACCAGGAUGUCGGUGCCGGGGUACGACGUCAUGUUCGGGAAGCUCUCGCUGCGCGGCCUCUUCGACGACUACUUCAUGCAGCGCGGCGGCAUCGACACGCGCUUCGUGCUCAAGGCCAAGGAAGAUCCUCGCCUUCAGCUGGCCGCCACCAUUUCUACAAGCAGCGACAUGGAGGCCCAGUUUCGGUGGCACAGGGAUUUAGAUAAUCCACACACAUUUGUGGACUUGACUGCGUCCGCUUCGGAACCCAUGUUGCGGCUAAGAUCAUGCGCUUACUAUCCAAAGUACGGUAUUGGCGCCUUUGGAACAUUCCCUUUCCUUAUGACAAACAGGGUGCGUUCCGAAGACUACGGUGUCAUGGGUUUAAGAUAUGGUUCAAGGAAUCUGUCGAUUGGAGCAUCUUUUCUACCAUUUGCUUUAUCUGGUGAGGUACCCUAUAGUGCAUGGUUGGUCGGAAGAAGAGGAGGUUUAAGUGCAGGGGUCCAAUACAAGCCACUUAGUGGAAGCAAGCAUCCUGUGCCGUUUACUGACCCGAUGAACUGGAAUUGUGCAAUCAGUUAUGGCAUGGGAUCAAAUAGCCCACUCAGCCCUUCACUCAAUUUUGCCCUAGAGCUUGUCAGAAAUACACAGCUGGUUGCAUCGUUUUAUCGGAACCAUGUUGUGGGCUGCACGGAAGGAAAUACUGAAUACGACUUCAUUAGUCCGACAAACUCCAUUGAUCUUGGGCUUGAGCUGGCCAAAAGGUUGAAUAGAGACAAACCACCAGAAAAUGCAAACGAUUUGUCGUUUCAGAUAGCUGCAUGUUGGAAGCCUAAUGAACAUGUGUUAGUAAAGGGGAAGGCAGGUCUCUCCAAAUCGUCCUUUGCUAUGGUGCUAAACCAUCCGAUCAUGACCUUCUUAACAUUUAACGUCGCAGUUGAACGUGACCACAAGCAGGGUACGGGGUCCUAUGGAUUUGGGUUUUGUUUUAAGGAUAUAUGA